AUGACAAGCAAAUAUCGACAAGGAAAUUUUGAUGAAGAAACAAAGAAAUAUGCAAUUUCUGUUAGAGAAAAAAUAAAAAAAGAAAUGAGACUUCGUGUGGAAGCACGAACGCUAUUUGUUAAGUCAUCAUACACUGUCGAGAGAGGAAAAAAUAAUAUAGAAUCUGCUGUUAUUAAUGGAAAGGAAUCCAUCCUCCAAGCAAAAGUUGGUAAAAAUGAGCCAUCACUGAAAGAGCAAUUAAGUUUAAAUAAUGAUGAAAAAGCCAAAGAAGUUAAAGAAUUGGUUGAAAAUCAAACAGAAAGUAAUCAAAAAGAUACAGUAAUCAACUUAGAAGAAAACGAACAAGGAGGAUUAACUAAAAAAGAAAACUCUCAAGAACAAACCUCCCUCCAAACCCAACAAUUACAAGAACCUAAAUAA